AUGCACUGCGUGGGUGGUCGAUGCAGCAGCACCAACCACUGGGAGAGGGAGUCUGGAAAGAGGGUGGAUGACUGCCCUCUACAGCCUUGCCAUGGCCAUGAAUGGNGGUCCAAGACAGUGGACCUAAGGAAUGGCAGCACAAUGACAGAGUUUAUCCUCGUGGGCUUUGAGCAGAGCUCCUCUUCCACUCGGGCAUUGCUCUUUGCCCUCUUCCUAGCCCUCUACAGCCUUGCCAUGGCCAUGAAUGGCCUCAUCAUCUUCAUCACCUGGACAGACCCCAGGCUCAACAGCCCCAUGUACUUCUUCCUUGGCCACCUGUCCUUCCUGGAUGUCUGCUUCAUCACCACCACCAUCCCACAGAUGCUGAUCCACCUGGUGGUCAAGAACCACAUUGUCUCCUUUGUCCCUUGCUCGACCCAGAUGUACUUCGUCUUCUGCGUGGGAGUGGCCAAGUGCAUCCUCUUGGCUUUUAUGGCCUAUGACCGUUAUGUUGCCAUCUGCCACCCACUCAGCUAUGCCCAGAUCAUGAGCCGGCAGGUCUGCAUGAAGCUGGUGAGUACUGCCUGGUUCUUUGGGCUGAUCAAUGGCAUCUUUCUUGAGUAUAUGUCAUUCCGGAAUCCCUUCUGUAGAGACAACCACAUAGAAAACUUCUUCUGUGAGGCCCCCAUAGUGAUCGCUCUCUCUUGUGGAGACCCCCAGUUUAGUCUGAAGAUGAUCUUUGCCGAUGCCAUCGUGGUGCUGCUCAGCCCCAUGGUGCUCAUUGUCAUCUCUUAUGCUCGUAUCCUGGCCUCCAUCCUUGGCAGAGCCUCCUCCUCAGGUCGUGGAAAGACCUUUUCUACUUGCGCUUCCCACCUGACUGUGGUCAUCUUUCUCUACACCUCAGCCAUGUUCUCUUAUAUGAACCCUCGCAGCACACAUGACCCUGACAAAGACAAGCCCUUCUCCCUCCUCGACACCAUCAUCACCCCCAUGUGCAACCCCAUCAUCUAUAGUUUUCGAAACAAGGAAAUGAAGGGGGCCAUGUUGAGGGCCCUUGGGAAGACCAGCCUGGCCCAGGCAGGGGCUGUCUAGUGAGAAGCCUCCUGGAAGAGAAGCUCCCCCCCGGCCCCAGCCCUGACAAUUGGAUAAUUCUGCAAUGCUGAAAGGCUCUAGGAAGGAGCAUUCAUAGUUUUCUUCCUACUACCAUCAGAUCUGGAAGAUCAUGUCAGUGUCUAAUGCUCUUCUGUCUGAUUUCACUUCAAGUGUUGUUUUCUCUUGGUCCUUUCUCAGGAUAAUUUGAGACUUUCCUAUGUUUUUCUUCUAUGUUGUCACAACAGGAUCUUACAAAGACAUUAAUGCACUUAACUCCAUUUCAUUUUAUUUGUACAGCACUUUUACACACUCUUCCCAGCCUGAGUUUUGCAUUUACAUUUAGAAGUAAAGUUUUCUUCUCAUUCAACUUGCCAUUUUAGUCUUCUUUUCUUUCUCACAUUCCACUCUCAUAUUCUGAAUCCAUUUCAACCACCCCGACCUCUACAUAAGAAAAAGUAGCAGGAAAAGUUAAGAAAAGGGGAAUUAGGGAGCAGUAUUGACAUUAAGAAAAGUCAGAGAAAAGAAGAAAAUGAAAAAGAUCAUCAGCCUGAAUUCCAUAUCUUAGCCUCCACUAGCCCAUGAGGGAGACCUUAUAGUGGCAUUAAAUUGCCACCAUAAUAAUGCAUUCAAUUUAACUUUAUGCUUGUGUGUUGUUGAGGAAAGGAAGGUGAGAGAGGCUAGUGUGUCAAACCCCUUCUCCUAAAUCUUCUAGUUUCCUAGGUAAUAAGAUUCCUUGAUAUUUCCCUUCUGACCCAAGUAGUCAAUGCCUCUGCCAAGCUUCUCAGACUACUAGUUUCCUUCCCUGGCAUAGACUCUCAAUUAACUCCCCUCUCCCUAGUGUCUUCCUUUUUUCCCAACCAUCUUUCAUUUCAUUCCAACUCAAUCCUAUUGCACCUUACUUCCCAUCUUAAAUGGAUACAUUUCAUUUCCUGUGCUUUAAGGAACACCUCUCCACACUACCUUUACCAUUGCAGAAGCCUUUCCAUUUGCAACUCUGACCUCUCUCACUUCCUCUAACUUCUCUCCUUAACCACAUUUAACAUCCCUUGAGAGGGUUAUUAUAUUUUUAGCCAUUCUCUUUCUUUGAAAAUUGCAUUUUUCCUCAUGCCCCUUUCAUAAUAAUAGAAAAGGGACGUCUGGGUGGCUCAGUUGGUUAAGCAUCUGCCUUUGGCUCAAGUCAUGAUCCCAGAGUCCUGGGAUUGAGUCCUGUGUCAGACUCGCUGCUGAGGGAGCCUG